AGUAUAACAUAGUGAAGACAGAGAGCAGUGAAGCAAGCACAGUCGACCAGAACAGCCAUGGCUACAGAGAACUACCAGAAUGGCCCAGCGUUCUCUCGAGUAAAUGAGGGCUCAGCGGAUGAUGACGAUGAACCCGACAAUCCUUCUGGUCCUUCCCGUUCACAGAGCGAGUAUGAGCGAAUUGGAGGCAGAUCAGGAUCAUCGUUUCUACAGACUUUGGUUCACCUGCUGAAGGGAAACAUUGGUACAGGACUUCUUGGCUUGCCUCUAGCUGUAAAGAAUGCUGGACUUGUGGUCGGACCACUGAGCCUCCUUGUAAUGGGUAUUGUGGCCGUCCAUUGCAUGAACAUCCUCGUGAAAUGUUCACAUCAUCUGAGUGCCAAGUUGGGAAAGCCGCAUCUCUCAUAUGGAGAGGCUGUUGAAUAUGGGAUGGAGAAUGUGUCCUGGUUGAGGAGGCAUUCUGUUUGGGGAAGACAUAUAGUGAAUUUGUUCCUAAUCAUCACACAACUGGGCUUUUGCUGUGUGUACUUCGUUUUCUUAAGUGACAAUUUUAAACAGGUGAUCGAGGCUGCCAACGGGACCACAUGGAACUGUAACACCAACGAGACUGCAGUGAUCGUCUCCAGCUUCGACUCACGCAUCUACAUGCUCAUCUUCCUCCCCUUCAUCAUCGCUCUGGUGUUUACUCGCAACCUGAAGUGUCUGACUCCCUUCUCUCUUGUAGCCAAUGUGGUCAUGUGUAUCAGCCUGGUGCUCAUCUACUACUUCUGCCUGACGCAUAUUCCACACCCUGUAGACCUUCCGCUGUACGGACGAGCGGUUGACUACCCACUUUUCUUUGGAACAGCUAUAUUUGCCUUUGAAGGAAUUGGUGUGGUCCUGCCACUGGAGAACAAAAUGCAGAAACCCCAGAACUUCAGCAAGGUGCUCUACUCAGGAAUGGGAAUCGUCACGAUGUUGUACAUCUCUCUGGGAACCAUCGGCUACAUCUGCUUUGGGGGGCGGAUCGGAGGCAGCAUAACACUCAACCUUCCAGACUGCUGGAUGUACCAGGCUGUGAAGCUGAUGUACUCAUUCGGAAUCUACAUCACAUACGCUCUGCAGUUCUACGUGCCAGCCGAGAUCCUGAUUCCCCCUGCAGUGGCACGGGUCAACCCAAGAUGGGCACUGGUUGUAGACCUCAGCAUCCGCGUCGGCCUCGUCCUCUUGACAUGUGUGCUGGCUAUUCUGAUACCAGAGCUGGACCUGGUUAUCUCUCUGGUAGGUUCGGUUAGCAGCAGCGCUCUUGCGCUCAUAUUCCCACCCAUUCUGCAUAUGCUGACCUUUCACACAGACGGCAUUUCAGUCUGGGUUGUCAUCAAGAACAUGGUCAUCAGCUUCAUCGGCCUGGUGGGCUUCGUGGCCGGGACCUACAUCUCCAUCGUCGAGAUCAUUCAGCGCAGCCAUUCCAAACAUGAUGCUUUCUUCCAGGUCCUGUGAUGACACGGCCGGCCUAUUAUGCUUAAAGUUUAGGGACUGGUCCCUGCAAGCCCUGUUGAUUUUAAUGUAAUCAUAUUUCAGAUCGUUUUUUGAAGUUAUCAGUUUCAUUACUGUAAAGCUGUAAGUCUGUUUAUAACUUUAAACUGGAUUAUGUAUGUAAAUGACAAUGAGGACCUUUAUGUUCUGCUCAUCAAAUGCCUACAAAUGCCUAAAAAGCAUUCUUUUACUAGAAAUGUUUAUUUUAUAUUUUUAUUUUAUUUAGUUUAAUAGAUUUUAUAUAAUGUUUGAUCAGUGUUCAUGCCAGUUAGAU